UUGAGCAGACCCCGGCCCGGUGCUGCCGGAGCCCUCGGAGCGAGGAGCCCCGUUGGGGCUGCGCGGCCGCUCCAUGCUGGGGAAUGUCUGACACGCAGCCUGCGCCCAGCGAGCGGGGAGCAGCGGGUGUCAGCUUACACGCCUUAUAUAGCCCGGGCCGGGCUGGGGGGAGCGGGGGCACUCCGGGCUCCGGCCUCGCAGCUUCUCUGCCCCGUCGGGGCACGGGGAGAUGGCACAGAGCCGGGCCUUUGCCCGCCACGUAGGGCUCAGAAGGUCCUCGCGUUUCCCUUUAGGCGAGGUACAGACGCGUGCCCCGCGCCUGGGCCGGCUGACAGCUGUCAGUGUGAGCACGGGGCGUCCAUCCCUCCUGCCCAGAACCCUGCAGAGAUGGGCUCACACCCAGGUGCAGCUGCUCGACCAGCUGCUGCUGCUACUGCAGCCCAGCUGCUGUGCCAGGCGGCUCCGGUGGCAGUGUGCUGCUGUGCUGCUCACCAGGCAGAACGCCUCUGGCUGCCAUCCCUCCGUGCUGCUGCCUCUCUGCAGCCUGGAACAGCUCCUAGCAGCUCGAGGUUCUGUAACAGUGCUGCAAGGCAGAGCCCAUCCUGGGUUUGGGGUGGUUGAGUCUCACUCUGCGCAUUACUCUGGCCCCUUGGCUCCAGCACCCCUUAGGAGAUGCUGAUGGAUGUGGGGUGCGUCCCUAACCAUGCUGUAGGAUGGUCAGGGUGGAGCUCCUGCUGGCAGUAUGACCUGUCUCCUCCUGCCCAGUCCUGCUGGGCCCCCUCCUCGCCUGCUCCCACGUCGUUCCCAUGCAGCAUGAUGUCAGGAUCACACCCUCUUCCAUUUUGCAGAGAUGGGCGAGAUGGAGUCCUAUAAGGUGAUGCUGAACGGGCCGGCGCCCUGGGGGUUCCGGCUGCAGGGAGGGAAGGACUUCAGCAUGCCGCUCUCCAUCUCCAGGCUGACUCCAGGUGGAAAGGCUGCCCAGGCUGGAGUGGGAGUGGGCGACUGGGUGCUGUACAUUGACGGGGAGAGCACUGGCGCCAUGACGCACAUCGAGGCCCAGAACAGGAUCCGCGCCUGCGGCGACAGGCUCUGCCUCACCCUGAGCAGAGCCCAGAACCACCUGGGGAAGCCGCAGAAGGUGCAGAGCCUUGACAAGAAACCACAGGAGCACCCCAGUUCCCCCAAAUAUGACCCCAGCAAGUUGCAUCUGAUCGAGGACUCUGAGGACUGGCAGCCCCGCAACACCAGCACCCAGUCCCGCUCCUUCCUCAAACUGGCCCAGCUGACGGGCACAGACAGCUUUGAGGACCACGAGGACGAGCUGGUUAGGAAGCCCAGGGGUCCCCGUGUGUCAUUUUGGGGUACAGAGGAGGAGUGGCAGUCCUUGCACCCCCCUGGCACCCCCGCGUGUGACCCGGGCAAGCUGCGGCUGAUGGAGGACGCUGAGGACUGGCAGCCCCGCACCGGCACCUCCCAGUCCCGCUCCUUCCGCAAACUGGCCCGGCUGACGGGCACCGAUGGCCUUGAGGACCGCGAGGAUGAGCUGGUUAGGAAGCCCAGAGAUGCCCGCGCGUCCUUCUGUGGUACAGAGGAGCAGCGGCAGCCCCCGCCCCACGUGGAGCCCCCCAGCACCCCCGCGUGUGACCCGGGCAAGCUGCGGCUGAUGGAGGAUGCUGAGGGCUGGCAGCCCCGCACCGGCACCUCCCAGUCCCGCUCCUUCCGCAAACUGGCCCGGCUGACGGGCACCGAUGGCCGCUUUGAGGACCACGAGGACGAGCUGGUUAGGAAGCCCAGGGAUGCCCGCAGGUCGUUCUGUGGUACAGAGGAGCAGUGGCAGCCCCCGCCCCACGUGGAGCCCCCCACAACCCCCGCGUGUGACCCGGGCAAGUUGCGUCUGUUUGAGGACGCUGAGGACUGGCAGCCCCGCACCGGCACCUCCCAGUCCCGCUCCUUCCGCAAACUGGCCCGGCUGACGGGCACUGAUGGCUUGGAAGAUGUGUUUGUUAAGAAUCCCAGCAGGGAUGCCCGUGGGUCGUUCUGUGGUACAGAGGAGCAGUGGCAGCCCCCGCCCCACGUGGAGCCCCCCAGCAGCCCCGCGUGUGACCCGGGCAAGCUGCGGCUGAUGGAGGACGCUGAGGACUGGCAGCCCCGCACCGGCACCUCCCAGUCCCGCUCCUUCCGCAAACUGGCCCGGCUGACGGGCACCGAUGGCCUUGAGGACCGCGAGGAUGAGCUGGUUAGGAAGCCCAGAAGUCCCCAUGUAUCAUUCUGUGGGACGGAGGAGCCGCGGCAGCCCCCGCCCCACGUGGAGCCCCCCAGCACCCCCGCGUGUGACCCGGGCAAGCUGCGGCUGAUGGAGGACGCUGAGGACUGGCAGCCCCGCACCGGCACCUCCCAGUCCCGCUCCUUCCGCAAACUGGCCCGGCUGACGGGCACUGAUGGCCUGGAAGAUGAUGAUGUAUUUAUUAAAAAGCCCAGCCAGGUCUCUGUACCGGACCCGUCCCCGGGAGCAGCAAUGAAGACAGAACCAGGAUUGGCCCCCAGGACCCCUGCUGCCACUCCUGGCCCUACCAGCCGCCCACCCUGGGCUGUGGACCCCUCAUUUGCUGAGCGCUAUGCCCCAGACAAGACGAGCACAGUGCUGAGCAAGCACAGCCAGCCGGCCACGCCGACCCCCAUGCAGAACCGCAGCUCCAUCGUGCAGGCAGCCCAGCAGGCUCCUGAGGGCCCUGGCCGCACACCCCUCUGCUACAAGUGCAACAAGAUCAUCAGAGGACGCUACCUUGUGGCAUUGGGACACUAUUACCACCCCGAGGAGUUCACCUGCUGCCAGUGCAGGAAGGUGCUGGAUGAGGGUGGUUUCUUUGAGGAAAAGGGCUCCAUCUUCUGCCCCAAGUGCUACGACACGCGCUAUGCGCCCAGCUGUGCUAAGUGCAAGAAGAAGAUCACUGGGGAGGUCAUGCAUGCGCUGAAGAUGACCUGGCAUGUGCAGUGCUUCACCUGCGCAGCCUGCAAAACUCCCAUCCGCAACCGUGCCUUUUACAUGGAGGAGGGACAGCCCUACUGCGAGAGAGACUAUGAGAAGAUGUUUGGCACCAAGUGUCGUGGCUGUGACUUCAAGAUUGAUGCUGGGGACCGGUUCCUGGAGGCGCUGGGCUUCAGCUGGCAUGACACUUGCUUCGUCUGUGCGAUCUGCCAGACCAAUCUGGAAGGGAAGACAUUCUACUCCAAGAAGGACAAGCCGCUGUGCAAGAGCCAUGCUUUCUCCCACGUGUGAGGGGCAAGAGUUCAGCUGUGCCCAUGCAUGCCCCUGCUCCUGCAUGCUCCUUUCCCACCCCUUCCCCUGCCCCAGGGAGCCAGGCUGAGACUUCACCCCUUCCCCUUGCUCCUGCCUCUUUCCUGGCAACUCCUGGCCAGGCCCUGACAGAAGCAGCCCUGGCCCCUUCCAUCUGGCUGGCUUCUUUUGUGCUCCUCUAGCUGACACAGGAGCCUGGGGAAGGGGAUGCCACAGAGGUCUCCCUGAAGCUGCUCAGCACAAUGGUUGUGGCCGUGCUGAGACUGUAGCUGGGGAGGGUCUGGUUGCAGCAGAGCUGCUCCUUUGCUUUGAUGGGGCCCAGCUGCCUUGGCACUCAGCACCAGGGCAGGGAUGCUCCUAGCCCCCAGCCCCUGGCAGACUCUUUCCUCACCUCCCCAGCUUCAUACUCAGCGCAUGGGGCUUGAGCACUGGCUCUUCUCCUCCUGCCCACAGUGACCCCACAGCCCAGCAGACUGCUGCCAUGGUUUCCUACCCAUCCCCACAUGGCUGCAUGCCAUAGAGCUGGGGGGACCGUGUGGCUGUCUAGUGGCAGCACUGCCGUGCCAUGGAGCAGGACUGUGUGCCAUGCCUGCCCUGGCUGUGGGCUGGGAGUGCACACCAGCCUCUGGCUAAUGGGUUCCCAUCAGGCUUGAAAACUGCUUCCUACCAAAGAGCGUGUGCCACCGCUAUCCCAGCACUGUAAAUGCCUCUCCCAAACCCCCACUCUCCGGUUGGGCUGCAUUUGAUGUAGCCACGGUGCUUUUAGUGCCUUGAAUAAACACUUUUUUGCGAGUG